AAAGUACGCAAUCCUGACAGCCCAAGAAGCAAAAGUGAUCUCAGAAAAAGAAACUUAUUCAGAAAAAGAAAUUUAUUCUUUUUUGAGGUCCUUUCGAUCUCACAAAUGAUCACAAAGUGAUGAACCAAUUAAUCACUUCGAACUGAACACUCUUUCCCUAGCAUCAAGAAUAAUGAACUGUCAUCACUCAAUGAUUACACUAUGCAAAACAAAAACAAAAAAACAAAAAGCUUUUUAAUUAAUCAAAGUUAAGUAAUAAUCAUCUAAUCAGUAGCUUUAAUGUAAAUAAAUAAUUAUUAUAUGUCAUUUUCAAUAGUCCUACAUAGACUUGCAAAAGAAAAGAAAAAAAACAAUGCUUUCUUGCUCUCUAAACAGCUCCAUCUCCUCUUCCUUAAAAUAGCCAAGCUGACCAGCACAACAACCACAGCAAACUGACUAUAUUACCCACCAAAAAUGGCAAGAACGUCACAAAGGGGUCAUAUUCAGAGAUGGGUUAGAAUGGUCAUUUGAAGAAAAUGUAAGGGACCCUAUAAAGGUGUCAACAAAUAGGACCAGAAAGUUGGUGUCUUGGCUUAGAAGCCAAGGGAAGUUGGAAACAAACGUGACUGCAAUAGAAAGUUACACAAAAGUUUCUUCUUGGGAAUUAUGUUUUUGUUGCACAGUUAUUUCUCUCACAUUUGCCAUUGUGUUUUUUCAGCUUUUCCAUCUUCUGUCUUUCUGUAUCUUGGUGCACCACAUUGUUCAGGACAACAGUGUGAAGGGAAAAGAUGGCGUCUCUCGUACCAGACGUACUGAUUAAGCUUCUACAAAGCAUGAACUCCAACGUAAAAGUUCGCGGAGAAUAUAGAUCCGUUCUUUUACAAGUAAUCAGCAUUGUCCCUGCCUUGAGUGGUUCAGAACUGUGGCCAAACCACGGCUUUUUUAUUAAAGUCUCCGAUUCUUCUCAUUCAACUUAUGUCACACUAUCAAAAGAAGACAAUGAGCUCAUUUUGAACAACAAAUUGCAACUUGGCCAGUUCUUCUAUGUUGACAAAAUGGAGGCUGGAACACCGGUCCCCGUUUUAAUUGGGGUAAGGCCAAUUCCGGGGCGACAUCCAUUUAUUGGCAACCCGAAGGAUUUGAUGCAAAUGUUGGAACAAUCUGAGAUUCCUGAUCAGGAAAAUAAUGCUGGUCUAAAGUUGAACGAACUGCCUGAACCAAAAAAGGAGAACCAGAAGAAGAAAUUUGUUAUCAAAGAGGAGAAGGCGGUAGUUGCAUCCAGGUACAUGCAAGGUAUAUCAAACCAGAAUACAAAGAUUAGUGGAAAUGAUCAAGGUAAUGGUGCAAAAGGCGUUGAAAAUGAGAGCAACGGAGCAGAUCACAGGGUUGUGCUUUUGAAAGGGAGACAACCUGAGGUUAAAAGUCAGACACGGCCUACAACUCCUUCCCGUGGUCGUUCUGAUGCAUUUUCUCCAAACUCAGAUGUCAAUGUGCUUAAUAGCAGAGAUCUUUUGACAACUCCAACGUCUUCAACUCUAAAACGCACUAGUAGCAAACAAGAAAACAUUAGAGAGAACAGUCCAUUUUCUGAAACACUCAUACCAUGGUCCUCCCUACCAGCCAGCCUCGCAAAGCCAGGGAAGGGGAUCCUUAGAAGGAAAAAGUUAGCUUCUUUAAUAGCAGCGGAAGCUCAAGAAGAAGCAUUGACAGCAACCAAUCUUCUUCAUUGCUUCAGCAUGUUUGCUGAACUAUGCUCAUCUGCAUCACCAGAGAGUCCCCAUCUCAAUUUGGCCAAAUUUUUCGCACUCAUCCAGCUCAUGGAUCAACCGAAUACUAAGACAAAUGUACAAAUACCGGAUAACUUUGCCUCAAAAUUAUCUUUACAAGACAAGGAGCAAGUGGGCAAGAAGACAUAUUCCUUGAACGGUAAAAAUACCCCCAAGUCCUUGAAGCCUUUAACUGAAGUUUCUGUGGCUGAAAAGAUAGAAUGGGCAAAAGGUGACGGUUCUAGAAGCACAAGGGAGUUAAGAGAGGUUCUGUUUAAUGAAAUACAAUCCUGGUUUCUGAAAUUCUUGGACGAAGCACUUGAUGUUGGAUUCCGGUUGGACGAGCAGGAUCAGAAAAAGAAAGCACGUGGUGUACAACAAACGGAUUCAAACAACCAAAUUGCUCUCGCGUUGUCACAGCUUAAGCAUGCGAAUGACUGGUUGGACAAGCUUAAGAGUAAGUCAACCUUGAAUAAAGAUGUGGCAGAGACAGUUGAUAGAUUAAAGCAAAAACUCUAUGCAUGUUUACUGCUUCAUGUGGAUUCAGCUGCUUCAGCUCUUGGAAAACCAAGUUCCUAAGAGUUUCUGUUCUACUUACUUCCUAAGAAUUUUAUGCUCUUGUAUGAAUCUAUUUAAAGGUCAUUUAAUAGUAACUAAUCAGCUCAUGUGAGAAAAAUGUAAACUUAAUUGUUUCAGUGUAUUUGAAAAGAAUGGUGAAAACAGUGAAUUAAGGAGUAACCUGCAUGGC